AUUUAAUUGAAAGCUCUUCAACAAAAAAGUUAAAAAACAACACACAUCUAUCAUUAAAUAGUGUUUGAGUUAAAAAAGAAACAGAGAAGAUUUUAGGUAUGCACUAUCAAAUGAUUUAAAGAAACGGUAGAAACCUUGUUUUUAACCGUCACGGUCCCUAUAUAAACCUAUGAGCUAGCGACGACAAGUAUUCAGUAUAAUCAAUCAGAAAACAAGUAGAAACUUUAAAACGAGAGAGAGAGAAAGAAAUGGCGACAUCGGGAACGUACGUGACGGAGGUUCCGUUGAAAGGAUCGGCGGAGAAACACUACAAGAGCUGGAAGAGCGAGAACCAUGUCUUCGCUGACGCCAUUGGCCACCACAUCCAAAAUGUCGUUGUUCACGAAGGCGAACAUGACUCUCACGGGUCUAUCAGGAGUUGGGACUACACAUAUGAUGGAAAGAAGGAGAUGUUCAAAGAGAAGAGAGAGAUAGAUGAUGAGAAUAAAACAUUGACGAAAAGAGGACUGGAUGGUCACGUGAUGGAGCAUCUCAAAGUAUUUGAUAUCAUCUACGAAUUUAUUCCCAAAUCUGAGGAUAGCUGCGUCUGCAAAAUCACUAUGAUAUGGGAGAAGCGCAACGAUGACUUUCCCGAACCAAGCGGCUACAUGAAAUUCGUCAAGCAAAUGGUUGUUGACAUUGAAGGCCACGUCAACAAAGCUUAACCACAACCAUCACCGUCAUCACUAUCUCGAUCGAUAUUGUAUUAUUAUGGUGUCUUUUCGAUAAUCAAUAUAAUAAAGGGGGUCUUGUGGAGUUUCUAUUCUCUGUAACUGUUUGGUUUUGGAAUAUGCUGUGAUAUGUUGUUAUGCUCAUCAUAUAUCGGUUUCGAUAUAAUGAGUAUUAAAUAAAGUACGUUCAGUUAUCUACAUAUUUCAUUGUUUUUUUCUUCAUAUAUGUAGAUCAUAGUAAACAUCUAGUGGUAUAAUACUAUAAUUAGUCGGUGUGGUAUAUGCAAAUUUCUAGAUAGCAAUUAAGUAAAUAACAAGAGUACGUAUAUUACUUUGGUCACACUCACAUAUUAUACAUCUCAUUUUCACCUUAAUUGGACUGUUAUGCGCUUAACCUUGCAUUGAUGAAGA